ACAAUAUGUCUAUACAACUGCAAUGGAGAGGUAAAAUUAACUUAAUAUACCCAAAUCCAUUGAAACCUUGCCAAAGCAAGAUUUAAAUCUAUUAACUGGCUUACACAUUUCUGUAAAGGUUAAAGGCAUGUCGUACAACGUCGUGUUUAUUAAAAGUAAUUAAUUUUUUUAGUCAUGAAAUCCAUCUUCGCAAUCUCUAGCGCCACAGCAAUCCCUUAAAGCGACGGAACGCGUUUCGGCAGACGGCUCCUACAGGGAGUGGGAACAAUACCGUCGGGGUCCGCACCGGAGAACAGAGCGCCUUUUUCCCCUUCACAUGAGCAAAAGAUCCGUUCCAACGUUUUUACAUUUCGUCAACGGCGGUUACUUCACUUUUACCACAGCGAACCACGGAACCUUGCAGCAAUACCGGAGUCCAAUCAGACUUGGGAUAGCGGGACGGUACAGAUCGCCAACAUGCCGGUCGCCUCGUCAAGCUCGGACUCGGCCAUGCAUCAGGUCCUGGACACGCUGAGUGACAGCACCAGCUCCACUACGGCCAACGACCUUGACCUCAUCUUCCUCAAGGGCAUCAUGGAGAGUCCCGUGGCCCAUGAGCGCUAUGAGGAGCCAAAGCUAGAGGCGGUGCGGGACAACAACGUGGAACUGCUGCAGGACAUCCUGAGAGACCUCACACCCCUCGCACACAGCAGCAAGGCUGCCGGCGAGCUGGCACGCAUCCUCAAAGAGCCACACUUUCAGUCCUUACUGGAGACACAUGAUUCGGUGGCCUCUAAGACCUAUGAGACUCCGCCCCCGAGCCCUUGUGCGUUCAUGGACCCGGCGAUGAACAACCAGCCCGUCCCUCCUGAUGCCGUGCGCAUGGUGGGCAUCCGCAAGGUGUCCGGCGAACACCUGGGAGUGACGUUCCGUGUAGAGGGCGGGGAGCUGGUGAUCGCGCGGAUCCUCCACGGGGGCAUGAUUGACCAGCAGGGCCUGCUGCACGUGGGCGACAUCAUCAAGGAGGUGAACGGCCGGGAGGUGGGGUCAGAACCGCGCGUGCUGCAGGACAUGCUCAAGGAGGCCAUGGGCAGCGUGGUGCUCAAGAUCCUGCCCAGCUACCAGGAGCCACACACACCUCGCCAGGCGUUUGUGAAGUGCCACUUUGACUAUGACCCCGCACACGACAACCUCAUUCCCUGCAAGGAGGCGGGGCUUAAGUUCAACAGUGGAGAUAUCCUGCAGAUCUUCAACCAGGAAGACCUGAACUGGUGGCAGGCGUGCCACCAGAACGGGGGCAGCGCAGGACUCAUCCCCAGCCAGGUGCUGGAGGAGAAGAGGAAAGCCUUCGUCAAGAGGGACCUGGAGCUCACCACUGCAGGACCCCUGUGUGCAGGUAUGGGAGGAAAGAAGAAGAAGAAGAUGAUGUACCUGACCACCAAGAACGCAGAAUUUGACCGCCAUGAACUGCGGAUCUACGAGGAGGUGGCGAAGGUUCCGCCAUUCCGCAGGAAGACUCUGGUUCUCAUUGGAGCACAAGGGGUCGGACGCAGAAGCAUGAAGAACAAACUGUUGGUGUCGGACCCGCAGCGUUACGCAACCACCACACCCUACACGUCCCGCAAGCCCAAAGUGGGGGAGACGGACGGCCAGAUGUACCUGUUCAUGUCGCGCGGCGAGAUGGAGUCCGACAUCAAGAGCGCGCGCUUCCUGGAGCACGGCGAGUACGACAACAACCUCUACGGCACCAAGAUCAACUCCAUCCACGAGGUCAUCGACUCUGGCAAGAUCUGCAUCCUGGACGUUAACCCACAGGCAUUGAAGGUGCUGAGGACGUCAGACUUCCUUCCGUAUGUUGUGUUCAUCGAGGCACCGGACUUUGAGAUUCUCAAGGCCAUGAACCGAUCGGCCAUUGAAUCAGGAGUGGUGACCAAACAGCUUACGGACUCUGAGUUGAAGAGGACGGUGGAUGAAAGUGAGAGGAUAAAGAGAGCAUACGGACACUACUUUGACCUCACCAUCGUCAACGACAACCUGGAGGGGGCUUACCGCAGCCUGCGGGGGGCGCUAGAGAGACUCAUGUCAGAGUACCAGUGGGUGCCUGUUAGCUGGGUCUUUUGAGACCGAAUAAGUCCUUGGAGAGAGAGAGAGAGAGAGAGAGAUUAAAGAGAAGAUUAAAAUGAGAGAAGUUAGAGGAGGGAUCCAAACACAGAGGCCAUUACAAGGGAGACAGAGAAAGGGGCUGAGCAGACAGAAAGAGAGAUAGAGAGAAAAAGAAAAGGAGAGAGGGAGAGAAAAAUUAUUAUAUGACCUCCGAAACGCCAUUCCAUCAGGCAACAGGCCCUCUUAUUGGUCAGUUUUCAAUGCCACUCACCCGGCCCUGCCAGCUUCCUAUUGGUUGUCUCUUGGGGGGUAGUGUUGACAAGUUUGAGAAGAGAUCACAGAAAUGUGUGGCAGAAACUAUAGAAAUUAUGAAACAUUCAGUGCUAUGUGACUGAGUGUGUGUGUGUGUGUGUGUGUGUGUGGGUGUGUGUGGGAGGGUGUGUGUGUGUGUGUGUGUGUGUGUGUGUGUGUCUGUGUGUUUGUGGUUGGGACAGGUCAGUUGUGUAACCAGCAGAGUAGGUCUCUAUAUUUAUAGAUUACUGUCAAAAAAAUGUCCGCUGUUUUAGAUACACUCAGAGAGUCGUUCAAGUGAAGAGCUCUCUUGAGAUGACCAUGUAAUCUUUAGGAUGUUGUUCACAGGAGUUGUGUAGUUUUGAGGCUGAAAAAAAUGAUUAUGCUAGUGUAUCAUGUCUUUGUAAUACACUGUACAUGUCCUGGGUUGUCUUCUGUUGAUUGUAAAUAUAUUUAGAAAAUACAAGAGAAUCUAACUUUUAUUUGAAUAUUUGUACGAAUAUUAUCGCUGUACAGCAUUCUUAUUCUUGACCAGUAUUGAGUAGCAAUAUCAGCACGUAAUAUCCUACAUUUGCUGUACUUCCGUCAGAAGCCAUUUGAAAUCAGCUGAACUGUAUAAAGGGUCUGUGUGGUUUACUGUAAAUUAAUGCAGAAGAUUCUAGAAAAAAACAGCCGCCUUGGGACUAGAUCUGGCGUUACCGUUGUUAUCAUUGCUUUAGCCCAAUUCCCCCUUGGCAUUUGGUGGAUAUGACUAAAUAAUUUGUGGUUUGUAUAUAUUGUCUUAAAUGGCUUUUAAAAAGAGAAGAGAAAGAAACCAAUUUCACAAAAAACUCUCAAGAACAUCUUGGCAGGGGUCAGUCUCAGUGGCACAAAAUGUUGGUUGAAGACGUCUUCACUGCUUGUGGUAAUGCCGCUUGAGUAAUUGCUCUUAGUGGGGAAGCCAUUUUGUUUAGUUUUAGAUGGCCCACAUGGUGUGAGAUAUACCAGCCUGUUGAGUGUGGUGAAGACGUGACUGGUGUUCUGUUUAUUCGGGUUUAGUUUCUUCACCUCCCUGAGCAAUUGUUAAACAGAAGACAAGCGAUGAAUCCCCCUGGUUUCGGGUUUGAUUGUGUUUCAUUCGAACUAAAUGCGCAGUGCUGGGGAAACCUGUGUUGCAUGAUUGUUGGUUGUUAUUAUUUAAAAGGUGUAUUCUUUUGCCUUAAUCUUGUUCAAAAUGCCAAGGCAUGUUUCUGCCGGAAGUUUGGGUGGAUCCGUUUGGCCACAUCUAUGGUCCUCGUCUCUGGUGCUCACAGAAGAAGAAAUGUCGCAUUGUUUGGAAUCACUUCAUGAAGCCUUGUCACUUCCUGUGAGUGAUUAGAUAUCUAGCACAUAUGGAUAGGUUCUUAGGCUGGGGGUUGACAUGGCCUCUAAGGGAACAGCGCUGCACAGAUCAGUUGUUUUAAAUGUUCAAAGGAAAUCCACAUUAAAAGGUUUAAAAAGA